CAGAAUAUAGAUCCUCUCAGUGACACCACCGCCCCACGGUACGCCGUGGAAUCGGACGAGGAAGAGGACGAAUUCAAUCCUCUCUUCCCGGAAGGCAACCACCAGAGCAGGAACGUCGGCAUCGACAUCAAAGGAAUCUCCCCCACUAACGCGAUAGGCGGGAACCUCGUCGUUGCAACCGGAGAUGCAGGUAAGAUCUGGGCCAAGGGUGCUAGUCUCGAGGAGCAGCAGGGCGCAGUGUACGUCAACCAGCUCCAGGUAGGACUGGUAUUCCGGCCCUCAUGGUCAAACGCGACCACCGUCGUCGUGUCCGAGCUGACCGCCUCGCUGCCCAUCUGGGCCAUGAGCCCCUAUGCGCAAGCCGUCCUCGAUUAUUUCAAGCCGGCAAACACGGUCCUCCUCGACACAUAUCCUACGCCAGUCUACAUCACCGCCGCACCCGUCCCGUACCGCGAUGAAGCGCCGGUGCGAUACCUGAGUACCGGCCCCAGUGGGACAGGCGCCCCAUCAUUUGCGCCUCCGAACCUUAUCCAGACCACGUCUGCCGCGUUCCUCUCCAUCGUCUCCGUAUCCUCCCCUUCACCUUCCGCCACCGCCUUCCUCCUCCCAUCGCCACGCAUCCCGCGGCCCCGUCCGUCCGACCUCACCCAGCAGGAUGUAUCGACUAUAAGCGAGGAGGACAUCGCUUGGCCGUCGGCAACGAUGCAAACGGUAGAUCAGGCCGUCUUCGAGGUUCUCGGGGAGACGCUCAAACGACAGUGGCGCAGAAAAGAUGGGGCCCGCGAGGGGAAAUCUCAGCUUAAGAGAAGAGAGGUCGGGGAUGGCAGCAUGUAUAUCUGA